UGCACUCAUCUGACGUAAGCAAAUAGUGCAGGGCACAGUAUUCAUUAGAGUGUAAUUUAUUCAUAUUCCCAAUAGAAUUCCACCCCUCUAUCUGCACAGAGCAACCAGCUCCACCAGAACAACUGCAUCAGGAUGAUUCAGCCAAAAUUGAGACAUCAGCAGUGGUGCAGUGGAAGUCUCCAGCCAUGACUGGAGGCAGUGGAGUGACUAUCAGUGAAUAUAUAGUGACUGUUGAUGGCAAUAUGUACCAGACUAUCCGCUAUUAUGGUGGAGAUGUCUUAGCUACCAUCAUAACUGGAGUGGCCAACAAACAUACGGUUUCAGUGAAAUCCAAGAACUCUUGUGGUCUCUCCAGCCAGCCUGCCACCACCACUGUCUUCAAAUUACUCCCAGAUCAACCUGCACCGUCUCAUCCUCUCUUGUACUGUAUUGGUUCGAAAAAUAAAGGUGCCAGCUGGAAGGUCGAUGUGGGAGUGGUUUAUCCCAGAGACGCACAUGUGGAUAUGAAGCCGACAGUGGUAAAUGGCAGCUGCUCUAAGAAUGGUCCUGUCUCUGAAUUAAUCCCACAGAAAGAGGAACAAGUAAAUCCUGUAGCAUUCUGCUACUUCACAGUUGCUGGGGUUGAAGAUGGUAAGGAUGAUUAAUGCUGAAGUUGCAUCAUUUUGUUCAUAUUUAGAAUUAGAUCCCCAAACUCCAUAUACCUGUGGCAAUGGAAGAGAAGAUGGCACUCUAUCAAGAGGAGUAGUUGCUACCAUAAUAUCUU